AUGCGGUCGGGUCGUCGGGUCGCUGUCGGCUUCGCCCGGCGACUCGCUCCGACCAAGAAAGGAAACGAAAACGAGUCACAAGUUCACAUAAGCCAAUGCACACAUCCAAGAGCCCAGAAUCUUAAGGGUUUGAAUCGAGGUGUCACUCGAGUAGAACGUGGAAAGCCUCGACGGCAUGCAGCGAGGCGGCCGGACGGCGACGCCUCGCGCGCGGCGAGUGGCGCGUGCGGUCUGGCUCGGGCCCGGAGCCUAAAAGGGCCGCGGGGGGCGCGGGAGGGGCGCGGGCCGGCCGCCGGCGCGGCGCAACCGCAGAACCACAGAUCAAACGCAGUCGGGGACGCGCCACCCGCCAACUAG